UCUACCGCCUUUGUGUAUUGCAAGAUGGGCUUCUACUUCCUCUGUGCCUCGAAUCACUACACACUAUACUAUUCAUUCUCGGAACAAAGACAAACGAUGGGAAGGGGUGAACAUGGAAAGAUUUGCAGAAGAAGCUGAUGUUGUCAUAGUUGGAGCAGGCCCUGCGGGUCUUUCUGCAGCUAUUAGACUCAAACAGUUAGCCAAUGAGUAUGGCAAAGAAGUUCGUGUUUGCCUGGUGGAGAAGGCUGCUCAGAUCGGUGCACAUACGCUUUCUGGUGCUUGUCUUGAGCCACGUGCUUUGGAAGAACUCUUACCGGACUGGAAGGAGCGAGGGGCUCCACUUCAGACUCCAGUAACUGAAGACAAAUUUGGGAUUUUAACAAAGAAUUCCAGAAUUCCAGUGCCAAUUCUUCCAGGCCUUCCAAUGACUAAUCAUGGGAAUUAUAUAGUGCGCCUAGGGCACUUUGUGAAUUGGCUGGGUGAGCAAGCAGAAGCUUUGGGUGUUGAGGUGUAUCCAGGCUAUGCAGCAGCUGAGGUUCUUUUUCAUGAAGAUGGCAGUGUGAAAGGGAUUGCCACUAAUGAUGUAGGCAUUCAAAAGGAUGGAGCACCUAAAACUAACUUUGAAAGAGGUCUGGAGCUACAUGCCAAAGUCACGUUCUUUGCAGAAGGUUGUCAUGGACAUCUUGCCAAACAAUUGUACAACAGAUACAAUCUAAGGGAGAAAUGUCAACCCCAGAGCUAUGGUAUCGGACUGAAAGAGUUGUGGCUUAUUGAUGAAAAGAAAUGGAAACCAGGAAGAGUGGAACACACUGUGGGCUGGCCCUUGGACCGAAAUACGUAUGGCGGAUCAUUUCUUUAUCAUUUAAAUGAAGGUGAACCAUUGGUAGCUCUUGGGUUUGUGGUUGGUUUAGAUUAUCAAAAUCCCUAUUUGAGCCCAUUUAAAGAGUUCCAGAGAUGGAAACAUCAUCCCAGUGUGGAGCCCACUUUUGAGGGUGGAAAAAGGAUUGGCUAUGGUGCUAGAGCCUUGAAUGAAGGCGGUUUCCAGUCUAUACCCAAACUCACUUUCCCUGGUGGAGUAUUAAUUGGUUGCAGUCCUGGUUUCAUGAAUGUUCCUAAAAUCAAAGGUACGCACACUGCAAUGAAAAGUGGCAUGUUGGCUUCAGAAGCUGUUUUCAACCAAUUAACUAAUGAAAACCUCCAAUCGAAGACAAUAGGACUUGAUGUGCCUGAAUAUGAAGAAAACUUGAAGAAAUCCUGGGUGUGGAAAGAGCUCUAUUCUGUUAGGAAUAUCCGACCAUCCUGCCAUGGAGUACUGGGUGUCUAUGGAGGAAUGAUUUACACUGGUAUAUUUUAUUGGAUACUGAGAGGAAUGGAACCAUGGACAUUAAAACAUCCAGGGCCAGACUCUGAUCAGCUAAAGCCAGCCAAAGAUUGCACUCCUAUUGAAUAUCCAAAGCCUGAUGGAAAAAUCAGUUUUGAUCUCCUGUCCUCUGUGGCUCUAAGUGGGACAAAUCAUGAACAUGACCAGCCUCCUCAUUUGACUCUGAAGGAUGAUAGUGUCCCUGUGAACAAAAAUUUAGCUAUAUACGAUGGGCCAGAACAGAGAUUCUGUCCUGCAGGUGUUUAUGAAUAUGUUCCCCUGGAAACAGGAGAAGGUUUACGGCUGCAGAUAAACGCUCAGAAUUGUGUCCACUGCAAAACAUGUGAUAUUAAAGACCCAAGCCAGAAUAUUAACUGGGUAGUACCUGAAGGAGGAGGAGGGCCAGCUUAUAAUGGAAUGUAAAUUUGAUCAAAACUAUCCAGUGUACUUCCCUGACAUGUUGUAACCAAGCUGAUCACUGACUGAAUGUUAAUUGAGUGAGGUUACUGAGCCAGCUAAAUUUCAUACCACUAUGUGGUAAGAAAUUUCAUUAACCACUAUGUUAAAUAGUGAAUGCAAAGUCAAUGCUGUCAGACAGACCCUAGCCUUAGUUAUGAAAGAAUAUGCCUUUUUACUGGAUCAAAGACAGUGGUACCACAUCCCCAAAGUGCUGUUUUCUGUGACUUACAACUUGAUGCUAGAUCUAUCUCUUGCCAAAGUUCAGUGGAAACACCCUGAACCAUAGGUGUAAAAAAUACAGUGAAGUCUUAUAAUUUAUGGUGAAUUCACAUUUUCUGCUCCUUCCUAACAUGUUCUAUCAAUGCAAUCUUGGUUAAUUUCUACUUGCAUUAGGGAAAACAAGUCAAGUGAGGGAAUACUGUAUCACUGCUUUCAAAGGUUACAUAUUAAAGCAAAUAUUUAACAAGCUCCCUGUUGUUUCAAGGGAAGAAACUUUUAAUAAAGCUAG